ACUAUAGACUUCCUUUGACCUACUUCUUUUAGCUUUUUUGUUCAGAUUACUACUAGGAAAUUGGCAAAUGGCUAGCUAGAAUGCUGCAAACAUUUUGUAUUGACUCGCUAUGUAUUUUUUGGCUAUAGUCUUUUUAAUAUUGAUCUUAAGUUUUGUUUUAUGAUUGAUUUGAGUACAUCCAUUUAUUUCAGAUGAGAGAAGCAAACCACUGGCUACACUUUAUCAUUUCAAGUUAUUUUCAAAAUGUGGUUCUAUGUGUUGGUGUUGACACUAACCUGUCUUGACUCUGUGCGGAGUUGCACUGAGGAGAUGCUAAAAAAUCACCCGGAAAGGACCUGCAAUGACUGUCCAGCAGGCUUUCACAUUGAAAAAGGAACCUCCAAAUGCAUACAAUGUAUUGCGGGCAAAGAAUUCACUGCAAUACGAAAUUAUGAUGUAGCUUGUAAACGCUGUAAAGCAUGUGAUGAAAGAGCCUCUCAAAUGGUGGUGAAGAGUUGUGAGCCCAAGAAUGACACUGAAUGUGGCUGCAUGAAGAGUUACUACCCAAAGAAAUCCAGAAAUGGGUUGCAAUGCUUCAAAUGUCAAACUAAAGACUGUUCCAACUAUACAGAAUGUCGCUCCUCCUGCAUCAUUACUACGACUCAGAGACUCCCGACCUUGACACCCUUGAAACCCAACCCCAGCAUCACUCAAACAGGUCCAGUACAUUAUCCCCUUCUGACCAUCGGGUAUGUCUUUGUGGUUGUCCUGGUGACCAUUCUGUUAUUUGCCGGUCUCCUUGUCCUGACUAAGGGUGGAUGGAUGGUACAUGGCUGUUGUGCGACCCCUGAAAAGGACCUCCAGUUGCCGACAAGGGACACAUCAGCCAAUGGUCAGCCAAUUGGCCCAACAUCACUGACACUGAAUAUUACUCAAGGGAUUCCCAUGACGACAUUCUCUCACAGUGCUGCCAAGACGGAGUAUCACACCCUUGUCACACCCCUGUUGCCAGCCAGAGAGCCCAGAAUCCCUCGACAGGAGACCCAGGAGGAGCGCUGGCCCGCCAAGGUGUUGUACGCCAUCAUCAAGGAGGUGCCUCUGCGGCGCUGGAAGGAGUUCCUGCGCCUGCUCUCUGUGCCCGACCGACAUCUGGAGCGUGUGGAUCUGGAGCCGGGCCUAGGCUCCAUGGAACGGCAGUACCAGAUGCUGCGGCUGUGGAGCCAGGGCCCAGCUGCAGGCCUGGAGGAUGUCUACUCUGCUCUGCUCUACAUGGACCUGGCCAGCUGUGCCCACCAGCUGCAGGACAGCUUGGAGCAGCUGCAAGCGCUCCAGUCGAUAGCCCCAACCAAUGACAUCCCUGCAGAGAACUACAGAGUCUGUAGGCUUACUUAGCCCCUGUCACAUCAUCCCAGCACCACCACAUAGGAUUUUGGAGGCUGCUGGGACAUCACUUAUGACUUCACCACAGAAUAAGAUCAUACCCAGAUGUGAAUAUGACAUCAUGACAGCAUCAUAAGACCACGAAGGCUGUUCUUUUCUUCUUCUUUUGAAAUAGAUUUGAGUCUUUUUAUAUUUUAUUUACAGUAAUUCACGAAUGAGAAUGAGAGACUGAUGGAGAGAGAGAAUUAGACAUAGAUCAAACCCCGAACCACCAAGGACCUGUGACAUCAGGAGUCGGCAGUUCUACCACUACUCUAGUCACGGUGCUAGAAGCGUCCCUCACCCACCGAACUGUAAAUAUGAUGUCACCACCUGGACUGUAGUCUUCCUGUUCAAGUCCCACUUCAGAGACUGGUUACCUGCAGGGUUUGGCAGGUUACUUUCUAAAUGUAAUCUGUUACAGUUACUAGUUACCUGUCCAAAGUUGUAAUAAUUAACGUAACUUUUAGAUUACCCAAACUCAGUAAUGUAAUCUGAUUGCUUUCCGUUACAUUUGGAUUACUUUCCCCUUAAGAGGCAUUAGAAGAAGACAAAAAGGAUCCAUCAAAUGCAUUUGGUGUGUCAUCAUAGUGGUCUCGGACUUGUGGUCAGACUUGCUCAGGUUGAACAAAAUGAAUCCCGACCCUUACACAUUCAUUACUAUGGGACAGUUGGAGAUAUUGAAACAAUGUUGCAAAUGUUGGCGAGACAGACAGUAAGGUUUAUACAAAUCUCCUCUGUUGAAAACUAAAUGUUAG